CGCUUCCGCAAUCUUCCAUUCCUCCUCUCUUCUCUCUUGCGCCGUGUUCCCUCUCCCUCUCCUCGCGAGCUCUUCUUCAGCCCUUCUUCGAGCGCGGUUUGGCGAUGGCGGCAGCGCAGGCGGUCGCGAAGGGGAGCGUGGUUGCGCCGUGCGGCAAUCGAGCGGCGCCGGGCCUCCUUGGCAGGCGGAGGGGUGCCGUGGCGGCGCGGAUGGCGCCGUCGGCGGUGCGGAUCGGGGCCUCAUGGAGGAAGACCGCGUUUACAGGCGGGAGGCUAGCCUUGGGGUUGGGGACGAGGAGAUCCAGGCCCGCGUCCCGGAGUUCUUUCGCGUCGCCGGCGCAGAUGAACAUGAACCUUGCGAUUGGGAAAUCGAUGAGGUGGUGGGAGAAGGGGUUGCAGCCCAACAUGCGUGAGAUCGAGUCCGCCCAAGACCUUGUCGAUUCCUUGACCAACGCCGGCGACAAGCUCGUCAUCGUCGACUUCUUCUCCCCUGGCUGCGGCGGCUGCCGUGCUCUUCACCCGAAGAUUUGUCAAUUUGCGGAGCAGAACCCAGAUGUGCUGUUCUUGCAAGUGAACUACGAGGAGCACAAGUCUAUGUGCUACAGUCUUCAUGUCCAUGUCCUACCCUUCUUCAGAUUCUACAGGGGAGCACAGGGACGGCUCUGCAGCUUCAGUUGUACAAACGCAACCAUUAAGAAGUUCAAGGAUGCACUUGCGAAGCACAAGCCAGAUAGAUGUAGCCUUGGCCCAACCAGGGGGCUAGAGGAAUCGGAGUUUUUAGCCUUGGCAGCAAACAAGGACCUGCAGUUCACCUACACCAAGGAGCCAGAACUGAUUCCCAGGGGAGAUGCUCCUGGGGAGGUCAUUGCUCCCGAGCCUGCAAAGCUUCCUGCGGCCACAAAGCCUUUGGUCAGGCUGGGGUCCGAAGAAAGGUCUUGGUCUCAUCAGGAAGAUGAGAUGUAUAAUUGAUUGAUUAUCAAGGAUGAUCAGAUGCUUCCAUUCUGUACAGUUCCGUGGUUCUUGAUGUGUGUAAAGGUUGUAGCUUCUCAUGGUAGCAGAGUGCAGGCUAAGAUUUUUUACAUGUGAAGCCUGCCCUGUCGUCCGGUAGUUUAGCUCGGUUGUACUCCAUUACCAGUAGCAAUGAGCGUGUUGUGGAGCUGCCUUAAGGAAAUCGCAUGGUUGUUGCAUGGAUGAAUGAAUUCGUCUGCAUGCUAUUUCGUCGAAUUCUAUAGAUCAUGUGGAUGAUGAGUUGCUCUUGUUUAAUUUCUCCUCCAGCCUCAGGAUAUUGUAUGGGUGUCUGUUGCAAAUCUGAAUAAUCAAAUCAUGCUUUUUGUUUGUGCCA